GAACACCUCUCCUCUAUUUCAUAAAGUGUAGCGAGCUCUGUAAAGAGCAUUGGCUGGGAGGAUAGGAUUUCUUGGAUGGUGCCCGAACCCGUAGGACCGGGCACGACGAAAGCCCUUAUUCUCGGGUUUGCCGGCAUUCUUGCCGUGAGCCAUCUUCCUUCCCACCACGCUCUUGCAUUAUUUCAAGCUGGGAAGGCUUCCAGCUAACCUCGUGUAAAGCCUACGUGUGCUUCCAAUUUUAAAACCUCCUUCAGAUCUAUCAGUCAUGAAACGAAUUCUUCUGUUUUUCAUCCUGGCUGCUGCUGUUAUGUAUGGCAUACUGCAUGGAAAUCUGUGGAGAAAUAACCUCUACUGGAUUAGCUUUUAUGGACAGACUUCCUCUGUGAGGGCUUCUCCUUCCUAUGAGACUAGUGGAGUUACCCAGCUGCCGCCUACGGCUGUGGAGAGAAGGAAUGUGCUGGACACUUGCCUCCUGAAACCAGCAUUUGAAUCUUUACUGGGCAUCACCUGUCACCGCUGUGUCGUGGUCGGUAAUGGAGGAGUACUUCGAAAUAAGACAUUAGGGGAGAAAAUUGACUCAUAUGAUGUGAUAAUCAGAAUGAAUAAUGGCCCUGUUAUAGGGUAUGAAGAUGAUGUUGGGAGGAGGACGACUUUCCGCCUUUCUUACCCGGAAUCCAUCUUCUCAGAUCCGAUCCACUACGACCCUAAUACAACUGUUGUUCUCAUUGUCUUCAAACCACGUGACUUGAAGUGGCUUUGGGAGAUACUGGGUGGUCAGAAAGUAAGUGCUAAAGGCUUUUGGAAGAAACCGGCUCUGAACAUGAUAUACAAAUCUAGUCAAAUCAGGAUUCUUGAUCCCAGCAUCACCAGAAAAACAGCUUAUGAAUGGCUUCGUUUCCCAACAAGGUUUCCCAAGAAGGAGAAACCCAAGCAUCCAACAACGGGGCUAAUUGCCAUUACACUAGCAUUUCACAUAUGCCAUGAAGUUCACCUGGCAGGCUUCAAGUACGACUUCACUGACAGAAACAGUUCUUUGCACUACUACGGCAAUGACACAAUGUCUCAGAUGAUGCAGAAUGAAUACCACAACAUCAAUGCUGAACAGAAAUUUUUGAAGAAGCUUAUAGACAAGAACUUUGUGGUCAAUUUGACGUGAGAGCUGAGUGGAACAUAUGAAGAACAAUCACUAUUUUCAAGAUUUAAAAAAAAAUAUAUAUAUUUUUUUGUAUGACACUUUUAUUUUUUAAGUGCAGCAUAACUGUUUACUGUUUAAAAGAAACACAGAAACCUCACUAAGGCAGAAUCUUCUUCUAAGCCCAAGGGUAAAAGACUAUUGCAAACAGUUAACUGAAUUUCUGUGAAGCUGUCUAAUAAUGGGAAAACCAUGAAACUUUCAGCUGAAAGUAUCAGGGAUAUAUAAAAAUGUGAUGCAUAUCACUUAUUUAUCAGCAAGAACUCUUUACAAACAGUUACUUCUUUGGAAUACUUUUGUUUCUGAUGUUGUCCCCCAAGAAUUACCCUGUCAAAACUGAAAAAAAACCAGUGUUUAAUAAGUAGAUGGAUGUAAAGUCUUGAAUGUCUCUCCUGUAGUAUGAAAACAGCUGUAAAGCGAUGCCUAUAAAUCCUUACUGUGUGGCUGGGAGAAGGGGGAACACACAGAGUGUGCAGGUUUUGGUCUGCCCUCCUCCUGAGGAGGGGACAUCCCUCUUCAGCAAAGAAGCCACAACUUCUGCACUGGCCAUCAGCUCUGAACAGCGGUCUGCCUUUGCCAAAGAUGGAGACCCUUCGGCCCUAUUCAUGGAGGUGUUGGGAUUGACAGUGUUUGUGGUGUAACCAGUUUAUGGAAAAUCAUACUCCCCAUCCUGAGCAUCCAGUAAAUUUUGCAGUUUGUGACUUGGAAAAGAGGGCGUAUGAAGACUGAAGAGUUGUCCUAACAGCUUCCCUGAGACUACAGUGGAGAUGUGAGCUGGGACACAGAUGUUCAUGCCUGAGUUUAAAUUUGGAGCCAAUGCUUGUUGGAUUCCUAGAUCUCUAGGACAGGAUCUUUUGUAUUUCCUGUUUGCUUCCCAAGAAUCAAGGUGUAUUUUUCCAGACCAGAACAGUCUCCUUUCUCAGAUGCUGUAAUGUGCUUCCACCUUUGAAAUGCAUCAAUUUGAACAAUGGAUGUUUCCAUUUUUGGAAUAGAGUGUGCUUGGGGAAUACCAAGAUGUGCCUCAGCUGAAUUAUCACUUGGCUUCUGUUUACUUGUCCUGUCUUGACAUUUAGGUUUAAAGGUUGUGGCUGAACUAAAUCAUUUAGUGGUUUUUAAUUGAAACAUGUGAUGAGAUGUUUCUUUGCUGUACUGGUUUGUCUCAGACAAGCCAGCUGAAUGAGUUAAAUCUGCCUGGAAAUGCCCUUGACAGCUGUCAAAGCAGAACAAGCAAUGUGUUGUUCCAAUUCUCUC